GCCAUGUGUUUAGUGAGGUUCAGAACAGCACCUUACACAUGAUUGGGUUUGCAUCAGACUAUGUAACUAGGAGUUUAUAUUUGGGCUAAUAUCUGUAAUUUUAACUCCCUCCUUUAAAUAGGGACGUUAAGUGACUUUUAUUUUGCCUGUUUUUCCGGGGUGCUAAUCAAAUAGGAGCACCGCGUGUUCAGCAGGUUAUAAACAGGUAUUUUUGUUUAUUUGUUGUAUUUUACUCGUAAAAAUGGUCCGUAAACUGAAGUUUCAUGAGCAGAAGCUCUUAAAGAAAGUCGAUUUCAUUAACUGGGAGGUGGACAACAAUCUGCACGAGGUGAAAAUCCUGAGGAAAUACCACAUCGAGAAGAGGGAGGACUACACUAAGUACAACAAGCUGAGUCGCAACAUCAGAGAAGUAGCCCAGAAAAUACGCGACCUGGAUGAGAAGGAUGGUUUUAGAGCUCAAAGCACCUCCCAGCUACUGGAGAAACUCUACAGUGUUGGCUUGAUCCCCACCAAGCAGAAUCUGUCUCUCGCCAGUAAUGUCUCUGCGUCCUCUUUCUGUAGGAGGCGGCUGCCCUCUGUCAUGAUGAAGCUGCGUAUGGCUCAGAACUUGAAGACCGCCAUCACUUUCGUUGAGCAAGGACAUAUUCGUGUUGGGCCUGACAUUGUCACAGAUCCUGCUUUUCUUGUCACAAGGAAUAUGGAGGAUUUCGUGACUUGGGUGGACUCCUCCAAGAUCAAACAGCAUGUCAUGAAUUACAAUGAGGAGCGCGACGAUUUUGAUCUCGUGGUUUAAAGCUGUUGGAUUUACCUGGAGUCAUUCAUCCUGAGAGCCGAAGGAGAAUUCAGGGGCCACUCUGGAUCUACACUCAGCAGAAUGAUGUGGAAGAAAGGCAGAUGCGGUGCGGACUGUCAUGAAUGUGUUCUUGCUGAGGGAGAAAACUGUAUCUGCACCUAACAAACCUCUGUGAUGGCAAAUUGCAAGACUGUAUUGUGUAGUGAGAUAAAAGUAUCUUGCAUAUUUAACAUCCACUGAGAAGAAUCAUUCUAGUAGUUUAUCAUUUGUCAAGAACUUGUUUUGUAACAAACUGUAUGGUUUGUACAGAAUCUUCACUUUCACACUGUAUUUCUUCUUUUUUAAUGCUUCUGCAAGCAUCUUAGCUGCUAGUCCGCCAGUAGUCCAGCUGGAGGAGUAACUAGAAAGAAGUAAUAAAGCUGAAAAAAAGAAAUA